AGUGUUUACAUGCCUAUACAUCCGUGUACGAACUUCUAGCCGCGUCCGUCUAACGGUGCGUCGCCAGCGCGGCUCGGCGGUAACAACGGCGUUAUAGACAACAUACGUUGGGUUACUUUUGCUUUGAGAUGCAUGCGAGCUGAUCGCUGCCCGUAUUAGCCUUAGCAGCCUGGACGUUGAGUUAAAGCGACGGGCGGAUGGUUCGAGCGGGACGCGGACAUGUCUCGAGCCCGGACACAUGUCCGCGUCCAGCUCGAGCGGGACGCGGAUAUGUCUCGAGCGCGGACACAUGUCGGUGUCCAGCUCGAACGCAUCGCGGACAUGUCUUGCCCGCGCUCGAGACAUGUGUCCGCGUCCCGCUCGAGCGAAGUCAAAUGUCUCGAGCGCGGACGUGCGUCCGCGCGUGAGACAUGUGUCUGCGCUCAAGCUGGACGCGGACCGCCGUGGGUCUGCGCCGUGGAGACGCGCAGUAGGUCCGCUAGGCUCGGUCGUUGUCGGAACGGUGUUUACAAGCCGUGCCUAGCGUUACGUAAGUGGCACGUUUAGCGAAAGUGGUGUGUUUGUGUUUCGGUUGUUGACUGUUGUGUACUUUGUCCCCCACCGCCACCUCCGUUGUGUCUCCCGUUUUAGCCCCCCGUCUUUGGUUAGCCAAAACUCCCCCGGCCCGGGCCUCAGUCCGCGGUCUAGAGUUUGGUGGCGGGCCGCCGAAGAGUGACGUCGGACGGGUAGCUUGGUCUGGCCGUGAGGCAACAGUGUGUCCACCAUGGGAGACAGCAGAGAUUCCCGAAGCCCCGACAGUUCGUCCGUCUCCUCCCCCCCGCCGGGCCAGCGGUCGCCGCCCCAGGGCCCGUCCGCGGCCGCCUCCAUGACCUCCCCGCCCCCGAUCCCCUCCCCUGGGGUCAACAGCCCCAUCAGCAGCAUGGGCUCCCCCUUCUCCGUCAUCAGCUCCUCCCUGGGCUCGCCCUGCCUGCCCGGCACGCCCUCGGUGGGCUACGGCCCCAUCAGCAGCCCCCAGAUCAACUCGACGGUGACCCUGUCCGGGCUUCACGCGGUGAGCAGCUCUGACGACGUGAAGCCACCCUUCGGCGUGAAGCUGUCCCCCCACAGCCCCGGCCCCAUGCUGGCCCAGAAGCGCCUCUGCGCCAUCUGUGGAGACCGCUCCUCCGGGAAGCACUACGGCGUGUACAGCUGCGAGGGCUGCAAGGGCUUCUUCAAGCGCACGGUGAGGAAGGACCUGAGCUACACCUGCAGGGACAACAAGGAGUGUCUGGUGGACAAGAGGCAGAGGAACCGCUGCCAGUACUGCCGCUACCAGAAGUGCCUGGCCAUGGGCAUGAAGAGAGAGGCGGUGCAGGAGGAGCGUCAGAGGAACAAGGAGCGCGAGGGGGAGGUGGAGUCGUCCAGCGGGGUCAACGAGGAGAUGCCCGUGGAGAAGAUCCUGGAGGCCGAGAUGGCGGUGGAGCAGAAGACGGAGCUCCACGCCGACGACACGUCCGGGGGGAGCUCCCCCAACGACCCGGUCACCAACAUCUGCCAGGCGGCGGACAAGCAGCUGUUCACGCUGGUGGAGUGGGCAAAGCGGGUCCCCCACUUCAGCGAGCUCACCAUGGACGACCAGGUCAUCCUGCUGAGAGCAGGCUGGAACGAGCUGCUGAUUGCGUCCUUUUCCCACCGCUCCAUCGCGGUGAAGGACGGCAUCCUGCUGGCCACCGGCCUCCACGUGCACCGCAACAGCGCGCACAGUGCCGGGGUGGGGGCCAUCUUCGACAGGGAGAGUGUGCACAAUGCAGAGGUUGGGGCCAUAUAUGACAGGGUCCUUACAGAGCUGGUUAGUAAGAUGAGGGACAUGCAGAUGGACAAGACAGAGCUGGGCUGUCUUCGAGCAAUCAUCCUCUUCAACCCAGAUGCCAAGGCUCUGUCGAGCCCCAACGAGGUGGAGAUGCUGAGAGAGAGAGUGUACGCUUCCCUGGAGUCCUACUGCAAGCAGAAAUACCCCGACCAGCAGGGCAGGUUUGCCAAGCUCCUCCUCCGUCUGCCAGCGCUGCGUUCCAUUGGUCUGAAGUGCCUGGAGCACCUGUUCUUCUUCAAGCUGAUUGGCGACACCCCCAUCGACACCUUCCUCAUGGAGAUGCUGGAGGCCCCGCACCAGCUCCCAUAGACGGGUCGCCCCGGUCCGGUCCCCUGCCCUUCCACUCCGGGGCUUACAGCCCGCCGGGAGGCCCACAGCGGUCUGUUACUCAGGCGGGUGCGGCUCCGCUCCGGUCUCCACCAACACCCGGCUACAGGACAUGCUGUUCUACAAGACCUGGACUCAACACACACACACGGACACACUCACACAGACACACACACACACAUGGACACACACACACACCGACACACACACAUGGACACAAGGACCCACACACAGACGCACACACACGGAACUACACACAAACACAGUGACGCAGACAUUGUUGUUCUACCUGUAUACAAAUGCCAAAAUUAAGCUCAAUCAUUUGUCUCUGAAAGACCAUAAACUGUCUUAACACACAUACACACACACACACACACACACACACACGCACACGCACAUUCUUCCAUCCUUGGUUGCCGUGGCAGCAGUACUGUCUCCUCCUGAGAACGCAUCAAGUGUAAACGUCUUAAGUUUAUUUUCUUGGUUCCCACCUAGCUAAUGCUAUUUAGCUUCCACAUUAGCAGCGCUACGCUAACUUGGUUCGCUUCGUUAGCCCGUUAGCAUUAUGCACCAGCAAGCUACAUUUUAGUUUUAUUUCUUUUUUUGUGUGUACGUUUUUAGUUUCAAACGAAUCGCGUGCGUAGCAUUUCAAUCAAGAUGUCUGCCGUCACACAACAUCCGAUUGGUUUCCGAAGGAGCCAAUCGGAGGCCCAGUGUACGGCCCCGCCCCCCUGUGACUUCAUCCAAUCCCGUAAGCAUUUGAAUAUUUUAGUAUUUUUUAUAUAUAUAUAUAUAUAUAUAUAUAUAUAUAUAUAUAUAUAUAUAUAUAUAUAUAUAUAUAUAUAUAUAUAUUUACAUAGAAACUUGUUUGAGAUUUGUUUUUGAAGUACUGUACUUAUGAGAUGAGCGCUUUUACCCACUGCAUUGAAAACAGGGAAAAGUCGGUUGGUUGUGGAGGGGGGCGUCGAGGUUUAACCUCCACCCUCCCGCACCCCCACCCAAAUGCGCGCAGCGGGCUUUGCUAGACUUGAAUCAUUGUUCCUGAGCUCGGGGGGUCGGGGGCUGGACUCGAGCUAAAGACUGACCUGUUGUUUUCUUUGUAAACCCCCCCUCCCCGAUGCCCGGGGUCGUAUGCACUUUCGUGAGUUGUAACUGUAAAAAAAAAAAAGCUGUUUCUUUCUCUCUCUUUUGAAUGACCCCACCCCCCCCCUGAAUAAUAUGAGGACCCCACCUGUACACAUGGGCCCCCCCCUCACCCAACUUCCCUGGCCACAGCGUUCUACUGCUCAUGCCAUCGGUCGCCGAUGACACUGGUUGGAUUGGGAAUCAGAUAUGAUGACCUCGUCACGGCUCAGAUCAGAGCGGUUCAGUUGAGAGCGGUUCAGUUCAGAACGGUUCAGUUCAGAGCGGUUCAGUUCAGAGCGGUUCAGUUGAGAGCGGUUCAGUUCAGAACGGUUCAGUUCAGAGAGGUUCAGAUCAGAGCGUUUCAGUUCAGAACGGUUCAGAUCAGAGCGGUUCAGUUAGGAACGGUUCAGAUCAGAGCGGUUCAGUUCAGAACGGUUCAGAUCAGAGCGGUUCAGUUCAGAGCGGUUCAGAUCAGAGCGGUUCAGUUCAGAGCAGUUCUUUUCAGAGCGGUUCCAUUCAGCGUGACCAAUGUUGCCGUCGACCCCAGCGUUAAAAACAUAAUCCCUUGCGGCACAUGAAUACUAGCCCCCGCGCUAAGUCAUCCUAACGUAGUAUUUUACUGGAAACCCCACUUCUGCCCCCCUCCCCCACCCAUGACACUUACUGAGCCCCCCUGCCUGCCGGUGUACAGUGACCCCAUGUUUAUAAAGGCUGUAAAUAAGACAUCAGGCCCAGCUGUGCUGAACGACCCUUCAGCGAACGCUAUGCAGUCCCACUCGCCCUCAUCCGAAACUCUGUCCCAUCAUCUCAUGGUUCAUCGCUCUGGGCUGAAUUCAUGUCUUCAAAGAUGACAGAUUGCCCCCCCCCCCCCCGGAGGAGGGAGGGCUGUUUGGCUUUAUCCAUUCGGUCGUACUUUGCCAAAUUGUAAAAGUAGGUAGACUGCUAAAAAACACAAAGAACUCGGCCGCAAAAAGAAACGUCUCCCGGGUGACCUCUGACCCGGACUCAAACCAAACCUGAAGGAGGUGGAUGUGGGGAGGAGCCAUCGAAGCUGUGACCCGGCACGGCCCUCUGUGAUUGGCUCGUCACAUCGCUACUGCACCCAGGGCCGGCGCCCGGCAUAGGCGACCUGGGCGAUCGCCUAGGGCGGCAAAUGUGUUGGUGGCGCCCUCUGGUGGCGCCCUUAAUUAAUUAAUUAACAUAUACAAAACCAAACACAAAAAUCAAUGUGGGCAGGUGGAACGCAGCCGCUGAGUUUACAGCCCCGACCCGUCCCACAUGAUGGCCUCCUGGCCACCGUGAGGCUCCGCACCCAGAGAGGAGCUUCUUUUGUCCCCCUGCAGGGCGGCGGUAGAGCUGCCUCCUCCUCUGCCACUCAGUAGCGUGUCCUUUCUCCGCACUCAGCCCUUUUGAAAGUUCCAGCAACCGCAAACACAACGCAGGGACUUUAUGCAAAACGACACGCGUGCUGGUGAACCGUGCCGCGGUGCGAGGUCCUCCUGGGCUCUGAAACUCUGGCGUUCCCUCCCCCCCUCGUCUCGGUGAGGGGCGGGGCAAGAGGCGUCCGCCCGCGCCUCGAGGCUUGCAGAGUGGGUGUGGUUCAUUAGUCUCCUCCCCCUUGCUGCUCCUGGGCUCCGUCUGACUGCUUCCUGCGGAGACAGGAAGUGAAGCGUCGGCCUCUUCCCCAGUUGUCGGGCAGGUCGUCCACCUGUGGUUUGAGCGCUGCUUUAUCGCCCCCCCCCCCCCCCCCCCUGCGCUCGAGGGAUGAGAUCCCGACGGCGCCCCAGCCAGGCAGAGGGGGAGGUGGGAGGGUCCUGUCUGAAGGGUGUCUGGCGGGUGGGGGACCUUCAGGUCCAGGCCGGGUGCUCCUUGAUUCGAUAACAAACGUUCAACAGACUGAGAGACGCAGUCAUCAGAUUAAGCACUGCAUGGCGUCAUGGCUGCAUGUUUUGAACUCGAUUACUUUUACAUGUCGUUUUCAUACUUGUUUUUAGAUAACAAAAACAUAAAUCACCGGAAUAAAAUCAAAUCAAGGGUUUGGAAAUUACGAAACAAAGAGCUCUUUGUGACGUGACGGACGUUUGAUGCACGCUGAAGCUUUCCCGGCCUUACGACAACCCCAGGCCUCCGUGUGCUAGGCUAGGCUAGGCUAGGCUAGGCUAGGCUAGGUGUAUAUAGCAGUGUCCAGCCGACGGGAGGCCCGCUGCACCGAGUGUUGUGAACCGUGGCCCCCAUUGGCUGUGGCGGUCCUCUGUUAAGAUAACGGUCAUUAAGAUGGCGGUCAUGUGUUAAGAUGGCGGUCAUGUUUGAGGUGGCGGUCAUGUUUGAGGUGGCGGUCAUGUGUUAAGAUGGCGGUCAUGUGUUAAGAUGGCGGUCAUGUUUGAGGUGGCGGUCAUGUGUUAAGAUGGCGGUCAUGUUUGAGGUGUCGGUCAUGUUUGAGGUGUCGGUCAUGUGUUAAGAUGGCGGUCAUGUGUUAAGAUGGCGGUCAUUUGUUAAGAUGGCGGUGCGUGUGUUAAGAUGGCGGUGGGUGUGAUAAGAUGGCGGUGGGUGUGAUAAGAUGGCGGUGGGUGUGAUAAGAUGGCGGUCAUGUGUUAAGAUGGCGGUGGGUGUGAUAAGAUGGCGGUGGGUGUGAUAAGAUGGCGGUCAUGUGUUAAGAUGGCGGUGCGUGUGUUAAGAUGGCGGUGCGUGUGUUAAGAUGGCGGUGCGUGUGUUUAGAUGGGCGUGAGGCCGGCUGUGUGACAGUGUUGUUGAUGCCAUGGGUCUAGGUGCUUGAGGCUGAGUAGAUGCUUGAGGCUAAGUGUAGGUGCUUGAGGCUGGGUCUAGGUGCUUGAGGCUGAGUAGAUGCUUGAGGCUAAGUGUAGGUGCUUGAAGCUGGGUCUAGGUGCUUGAGACUGGGUCUAGGUGCUGGAGACUGGGUCUAGGUGCUGGAGGCUGGGUCUAGGGACUUGAGUCUAGGUGCGUGAGGCUGGGACUAGGUGCUUGAGGCUGGGUCUAGGUGCUUGAGGCUGGGUCUAGGUGCUUGAGGCUGGGUCUAGGUGCUUGAGGCUGGGUCUAGGUGCUUGAGGCUUGGUCUAGGUGCUUAAGGCUUGGUCUAGGUGCUUGAGGCUAGGUGCUUGAGGCUGGGUCUAGGUGCUUGAGGCUAGGUGCUUGAGGCUGGGUCUAGGUGCUUGAGGCUUGGUCUAGGUGCUUGAGGCUAGGUGCUUGAGGCUUGGUCAAGGUGCUUGAGGCUAGGUGCUUGAGGCUUGGUCUAGGUGCUUGAGGCUAGGUGCUUGAGGCUUGGUCUAGGUGCUUGAGGCUUGGUCUGGGUGCUUAAGGCUUGGUCUAGGUGCUUGAGGCUUGGUCUAGGUGCUUGAGGCUAGGUGCUUGAGGCUUGGUCAAGGUGCUUGAGGCUAGGUGCUUGAGGCUUGGUCAAGGUGCUUGAGGCUAGGUGCUUGAGGCUAGGUCUAGGUGCUUGAGGCUGGGUCUGCUUGAGGCUUGGUCAUGGUGCUUGAGGCUAGGUGCUUGAGGCUAGGUCUAGGUGCUUGAGGCUGGGUCUGCUUGAGACUAGUCCACACAGCCAGCAGUGUUCUUUGAUGGGAGGGGUGAGAGAGAGAGAGAGAGAGAG